AUGGACGAAGGGACCCGCAGCCUUGCCCUUGCGACUCAGAUUGGGGUAGGAGAGCGCCAGGUUUACGGAGUGAACUUUGCGGGUGCCACACGAGGCGAAAACAUCAACUACGUGAUCCCGGCCUUCCGAGUCCAGGCCCUCAUGAACCUUCACCUGAAGGAGCAAGCCGCGCAACCCUGGAGGCGUUUAGGCUUCAAGACGCCGGGCCACGGUCUCACCGUGAUCCAGCCCAACCAGGCGCUCUACAACUUCACCGAAGGGUGCAAGGAGGGCGUCUUCGUGGGUCGUGUGCACCAAGACGGGUUCAUGAGCAAGGCAGCGCCCCCGCUGAAGGAGGGAAGCAUGCUGCUCUCGGUGGCUGGACGCAAGCUGGAUGGCUUUGGCAAGGCGGACAUCAAGGAGCUCAUGAUGGGAAAGGCAGCCUUGGAGGACCUCUUCUUCAUUCAGUCGGACUUGAAGUCUGAGGCUUGCAGCGCCUCGAUUUCGCUGGCACUGAGUGGCGAGUGGGCAGGGGGGAACGGAAGGGUUGGGCGACAUUGA